UUUAAAUGCUGCUAGAUAAGACAAAAUGCUGAAAUAAUAUUUUAAAUGCAUGUAUAUAUAAUACGCAAGUUGGUUAUUUUAUGAUUUAAACAGUUAGCAUUUAAAUAACACAUAAUCAGCAAAUUUUAAGACAAAAAUAUAACGAAGUAAAUUUAAAAACUGAUAUAUAUCUCACAGUACCCAUUCCAGCAAUUGUUUUUAAAACGUCAACCAAUUUUAAACCGAUCGCAGUGUCAAAAGAAAUGCUAAUUCAUCAUUUUGAAAUUCUACUGUAAGAUUGUAUAAGAGUAUGUGUGAUCACAGUCAUUCGAUCAAAAGCGUAUAAGCAACAUGUCAUCACAAAGUAUUAACAACGAAGAAUUUUUACAAAUUCUAAAUAAUAUGAAAAGUGAACCGUUGUCUCCACUACUUGGCGAAGAAGAAUUCGCAGAUAUAAUAAACGAGAUGAAAAUUGAACCGCUUUCCCAAACAAUGUCUCAAGAAUUAUUACCAGAUUUUUGGAAUAUGGAUGAUUAUUAUUUAAAUAUAGUUAAUGAAAUAGAAAAUCCUGCAUCAUAUUCGAUGAUCGAUGCGGCCCAACAUCAAACUUGGUUAAAUGAAACGAAUCAGUUAAAUAAUGAAUCAGUUAAUGGAAAUUGUCUUCAUCUCGGAACACCUCCAUGGUUGAAUUUUGAUACGGAAGAAGAUUUAUUGGACCUAAUAACACAGGGAACGUGGGUUGAUGAUGUAAAGACAUCAGAUUACCAAGAAAUGAUAAAAGACGUUAGGAGUUGAAAUAAUGAAUUUGACGACGAAGAAUGUGCUCGAGAGACAGAUGAAUUAUCACUAGCUGUAUUCAAAGAAUAUGAACAAAAACAUUGGAAAAAAAAAAAGUUAAAUAACUAUUUCAAUAACAAUAGUAAUAAAUAAAUUUAUAAAUAUAUUAAUAAUGUAUAAUAUUGUAAAUAAAUUUAAAUUUAAUCAUUAAAUGUAAAACAUAAAUAACUAAAAAUUAUAACU